ACAACACAUAGUUGGUGAACAUGUGGUCCGACAAGGGUAGUAAAUCUGUGACUCUGACACCAGCUAGGCCCAACAAAUAUCAAGAAGAUGAAGACGAAAGGAGCAACGUCUCAAUUAAGUACCUCGAAACGUUUCAGCAAUCGAUCGAAGAGCCGGACAAGUUCUGGGGAAAGAUCAGCGAGAAAAUGGACUGGUCCACUCCUUGGACAAAAGUUAUCGACAACACGGACGAACCGUUCACCAAAUGGUUCAUCGGAGGAGAGCUGAACGCCUGUUACAACGCCGUGGACCGACAUGUCAAAGCAGGAAAAGGCAACAAAGUAGCUUUGAUCCACGACAGCCCCCUCACAAACACCAUUAGAAAAGUCACUUACAAUGAACUUCUCGAAAAGGUCUCAAGACUGUCAGGAGCUCUCGCCAGUUACGGAGUCAAAGUAGGUGACAGAGUUUUAAUAUACAUGCCCUUGAUUCCAGAAACUAUUAUAGCAAUGCUGGCAACUGUUAGAUUGGGAGCAGUUCACUCUGUCGUUUUCGGAGGGUUUGCUGCAAGAGAGCUGUGUACAAGAAUUGAUCAUGCUUCCCCCAAAGUCAUAAUCGGUGCAAGUUGUGGCGUAGAACCUAAUAAAAUUAUAAGAUAUAAACUACUUCUGAACGAAGCUAUCUCGUUAUGCACAGAGAAGCCGAAAAAAUGUAUAAUAUUCCAACGAAAAAAUGUACAAGAGUGUCUCUUAGAGCCGGAUAUGGAUGUUGACUGGGAGGAAGUGUUGAAAUACAGCGAACCCCACCCUUGCGUCCCUGUGGAGUCAAACCACCCUAUGUAUAUUUUGUACACCUCUGGUACCACAGGUCAUCCAAAAGGAGUUCUCAGAUUAACAGGAGGUCACUUAACCAUGCUGACAUGGACCAUGAAAGCUAUUUAUAACAUGACCGAAGACGACGUUUGGUGGACAGCCUCUGAUAUGGGCUGGGUCUUGGGGCAUAGUUAUAUCUGCUAUGGGCCUCUCUGUGCUGGUGUAACAUCUGUCAUGUAUGAAGGGAAGCCAGACCGAACUCCACAUCCUGGACAAUAUUUUCGCGUCGUGCAGGAGCACAAAGUAAACGCUGUGUUUACUGCACCAACAGCGCUUAGAGUCAUAAAGAGAGCCGAUCCACUUUCUAAUUUUGGAAAGAAAUAUUCUACUAAGUCGUUAAAAUAUAUAUUUGUGGCUGGAGAACACUGUGAUCAAGAGACAAAACUUUGGGCAGAGAAUGCUUUUAAGGCCCCAAUACUCAAUCAUUGGUGGCAAACUGAAACAGGAUCAUCGAUAACAUGUACAGCAAUUGGACUGGGUAAUUCUUUGAAUGUGCCAAAGUAUACAGUUGGACUUCCCUUUCCAGGAUAUGAUGUGAGAAUUGUGAGGAAAGACGGGACUGAGUGUGCACCCGAUGAACUCGGCCAGAUUGUCAUCAAACUCCCCUUGGCACCAGGAGCCUUUUCCACGCUUUACAAAGACACUCAAAGAUUUCUAGACAUCUAUUUCAGAAGCUACCCUGGAUUCUACGACACAAAAGACGUUGGAUACAGAGAUGUCAACGGUUACUUUUACAUCACAGCAAGAGAUGAUGAUGUGAUUAAUGUAGCAGGUCAUAGGUUGUCGACAUCUGCACUUGAAGAUGUCGUCUUGUCCCAUCCAGAUGUGGCAGACACUGCUGUCAUUGGAGUUCCUGAAAGUACUAAAGGCGAUGUUCCUCUUUGCCUUUACGUUCUCAAAAAUGGUUCCAUUAAAAAUGAGGAAGAAAUCAACCAAGAACUCGUAAAAUUAGUGAGAGAACUUAUAGGGCCCAUAGCGGCUCUUAGGAUCUGUGUCUGUGUAUCAGCUCUACCUAGGACAAGAAGUGGAAAAAUACCUAGAAAAUCAAUUGCUGAUCUUGCAAGGAAUAAACCCGUAACUAUCUCAGCAGCUAUUGAAGAUCCGACAGUGUACAAGGAGAUAAAGAAAGCCCUACAAAAAGUAGGCUAUGCCACAACAGCCCCGGAUCUACUCAUUUCAUAAACAAUUAUGUUUAAAUUUUACAUAAUUAUUUAAUAUUAGAUUAUGAUGAAAUGAGAAAAUGUAAAAAUGCUAAAGCUGAUUGGAUGGUUUUUAGGUUUUUUCCUUAUGUACAAAUAUAUAUUUUAAAAAAUUGUAACAAUGAUUCCAGUAGCGAAUAAUGGGUGUCUGAAUUUUGGAAAAUGCAAUUCACAUUGUUUGUACAUAGAGGAAGAGUCGAAAGAAUGUUGUACAGAGUUAUUUAUUGUUAUUUUGCACAAAAUCGCACACAUCAAUACUCUUGUUAAAUGUGGAGCAAUUGCAUUGUUAUUAUUUAUUCAAACCGCUUCAUAAAUUAACAACAGAAAAAUAAAUAUUAUAAAAGUAUA